AUGGCAGUUUACUGUACCCUCUGCGCAAUUGCUAGUUAUGAUAGAUCGGAACUGAAAAAGAAAGUGAUCCAUGAUGGAAACUGCAGGCAUGUACUGUCUUCUCUCUCCAACUUCUACUUGAUGAAAUUCCUUGAGUCAGAGCCGAGGCUUGUGGAAUUACUGCAGUGCAUCGUGAAAAGUCAAUUCGGUCGCGCGCUGGACAUACUGAAAGAGAUGAAAGAUCGGUUUCUUCUCGAUCCUUAUCUGAGUCCUCAUGUUGACCCAUUGUAUGCUGUGAUUCGUGAACGUGCACUACUACAAUACCUGGAACCAUUCGCAUCAGCUGAUUUGAAUGCUAUGGCAAAUGUGUUCAGGACUGAUUUGAGGAGUCUCGAAAAUGAACUUGUGGCUCUUUGCGAACAAGGACAGCUUGCUGCUCGAAUUGACGCAGUUGGAGCAACCAUUCGCAUGGUCCUGACCGAUGAGCGUGAAGAGAAUUACAAGAAGUGGGUACUAGUUAUCCAUAUUCAAUAUGGUUCUUUUCUGUAA